GCCAAUCAGCCAAUCUGGCAUGUCGGAACUUUGGCCUUGCAUCAUUGUCAAUUAAGGACACGGUUGUCUAGCACACAUUAAAACCUCAAAACUUCAUCGGCAAGAGGGUAAAAUAAUACUCAACCACGGUUUCAAUUUGCUAGUCUUCUUUUUCCUCUUUUUUAUUAAUCCAACUCUCUCUACUUCUAACCCUUAUAUAGCUGCCGUACCUCCGUUUCUAAUCCCGGUACCGACGCUCCCCGUCUCGUCCGUCUUACAGGUAGAAUUCGCCUCCUGGCUUUACAUUCUUCACGCGCAACGAUCGUCUUCUUAUUCCCGCCUUCUUGCGCAAAAAGAUUAGCUGGCUUGGGCGACGUAGUCCACGAUUAAAUCACAAAAUGGCCCAGAUCAGAGGUACAGCCGGCUACCAUCUCGGUGGCCCGAAUCCCUUUGGCGGCCCCAAGAACGAAGUCGCCGAUCCUAGUCCUCUGGACGCGAUCAGGGAACAAACCAGUAAGAUUGAGGAUGUUUUGGAUACUAUUAGCGAGCCCGUUAAGCCAUAUCUCCCUGCCAUCGGGCGUUUCUUAAUUGUCGUUACAUUCCUUGAGGAUGCUCUAAGAAUCAUAACACAAUGGUCCGACCAACUAGUAUAUCUGAACAGCUACAGGCAUAUUCCUAACGGGUUGACACAUCUCUUCCUUAUCGUCAACGUUUUAACCAUGGUUGUUUGCUCCACGAUGGUUAUCAUUCGCAAACACUCCGACUACGCCGUUGCCGGUCUCAUGGGUGUUGUUGUCACGCAAGCGCUCGGAUAUGGAUUGAUCUUCGACCUCAACUUCUUCCUCCGAAACCUUUCCGUCAUCGGCGGGCUGAUCAUGGUUCUGUCCGACUCCUGGGUCAGGAAGACCAAGGCGUUCGCAGGCCUGCCCCAACUCGACGAGAAGGACCGAAAGAUGUACUUUCAGCUGGCCGGUCGUGUACUCCUAAUCUUCCUAUUCAUCGGAUUUGUCUUCAGUGGCGAGUGGUCGGUCUGGAGAAUUGGUGUGUCUGUCAUUGGUUUGAUCGCCUGCGUCAUGGUUGUUGUUGGAUUCAAGGCCAAGUUCAGCGCUACUCUCCUAGUUCUCAUCCUGAGCGUUUUCAACGUCUUGGUUAACAACUUCUGGACUCUUCACGAGCACCACCCCCAUAAGGACUUCGCCAAGUACGACUUCUUCCAGAUUCUGUCUAUCGUCGGCGGUCUUCUCCUGCUGGUUAACAGCGGCCCUGGCCAGUUCAGUAUCGACGAAAAGAAGAAGGUCUACUAAGCGAUGGGAGUUUACGGAACCACGGAAAACUCUGCUGGUGGCACUUCGCAUCGUGAUCGCAUAGGCUUAACUAAAGGCCAUCUUGCGCCAUGUGCCUAUGCCAGCUUGGGCAGCACAUUGUGUGGCGUAACGGGCGUGGAGCGAAAUUUUUGUUUUCAACCGGAAAGAUCAGCUAAAAUGGCGCGGCUCACUGCUUGCCUCGCGAUAGGUCUCGGUUGUCAAAUGGAGGAUCAAAAUAAGCUUAUACAGCGUAAGGGAAUUGAAGACUAGGAUUUUGACACGUGUGCGUGCAUCCGUGAUGUGGGUGUAAAUGCGACUUUUGUCCUUGCUUGAUCUUGAUCCCUAUCCGUCUAAUAUUUUACAUAUACGAUUAAACGAAAUGUGUCCCCGACUACCAGAGACUAUUCUAAUGAAUGAAUUAGAGCAAGACUUGAUGAAUAGGUCGUUUAGAGGGACCGAAUUAAAUAUAGUCGC